AUGUUGGUUCGCUGCUUCUGUAAAUUGAGCCGUGUGGAGCUUAGCUACUCUGUUUUGGGCAAAGCUUUGAAACAUGGUUUUCAACUGGAUACUGUGAUGUUCAAUACCUUGAUUCAUGGGCUCUGUGAAGACGAGAAAGUUCUCGAGGCUGUGAAGUUGGUCGAUAAGAUUAGGGUGUUGGGGUAUCAACUCAGUGCCAUCACUUAUAAUUCGAUUGUUCAUGGUCUGUGCAAAGAUGGACAAACGAAUGCUGGUCUGGAAAUGCUAGAAAAGAUGGAAGAUUUGGGUUGUCAACCUGAUAUGACUAGCUAUACCAUCGUCAUCAGUGGUCUCUGUAAGCGAGGUCAUGUUGACGCUGCAUUGGCUCUAUUUCAAGCAAUGGAAAACAGUCAGUUGAAGCCUAAUGUUGUUCUGUACAAUACUCUUAUAGAUGGCUUUUGGAAAGCCGGGAGGGCUCAAGAAGCAAGGGACAUGUUUUCUAGGCUCUCUAAAGACAAUUGUUUGCAACCUGAUAUUUUCACAUAUAACAUUACAAUUGGUGGACUUUGUAGACAAGGUUUAGUAGAUGAAGCAUAUGAUCUAUUCAGACAAAUGGAACGGGGUAGUUGUCUACCAGAUAGUUGCUCUUAUAACGUGAUUAUCCACGGGUUUCUUCAUCAUAAGGAUCCACUUGAAGCAAUGGACCUUAUUAACGAGAUGGUUUCUAAAGGUUUCUCUGCUGAUACAAUCACAAUGUCCUUGCUGAUACAGUCAUUGCCCAAGAAUCAGUUGGAUCACCCGGUUGUCCAAAAGCUACUGCAUGAUCCUGAUGUGAGAAGUCAGGAAAUGAGGUCUAGUGGUCUAUCAACUGUUGCAUCCCUAGCAGCUUGUUAG